AUGAAGCACACACAGGUGGCUGUGCUGCUCCUCAUGAAAGGCAUGAUUACUCUGGCUGGAACAAUGGCAGCAACAGAAGUGAUCCCUCAUCUCAAUACAACGCUUCCAUAUCUGACUCAGCCUAGCAAGAUGACUGGCAACCUGCACACUCCCCCAAAGCUUUUUGCUAAUGUGUCCGGCUCUGUGGAUGACGAGGGAAUUUGUCAGUGCUCUGUGUACUUGCCUGAUACCACCUUUCCAGUGCAGAAGGUUGAGCAAUUGGAAAUUAUAGCCGCAACGCUCUCAGAGAAAUUUGAGAUAGAGCUUUCUCAAGUUAGAGAGUACUCAAAAAUGAUUGAACUGUAUCAGCAGCAAAUCCUUAAUCUAACCGUCAGAGUGGAGCAUAUGGAGAAGAGCAGUGUAUCUUACACAGAACUGGACUUCCAGUUACUGAAAGUGGAAAUCAGUGACCUAGAGAGACUGGUCACACAGCUGAAAUCCAGCCUUGUUGGAAGCAAUGUCAUCGUUGAACAAAUAUAUUCAGAGAUCACAAAUCUGACUAUACUGGUAAAUGAACUAGAAUCACUGGACAAAACCAAUAUCCUUGCAAUUCGCCGACAAAUUGUGUCUCUGCAGAAUAGAUUGAAAGAAUGUGAAGAGGACAGAAACAAAACUACAGUACCCCCUUUUUUCCCACCAGGUAGCUGCAUUCACCGUGGACUGCAGAAUGUUAGCCAGCCUUACAUUGUAAAGCUGAACUGGAAAGGAUUUUCCUACAAAUAUGGUUCUUGGGGUAGAGAUUACUCUCCUUCUAACCCAGAGCAGGAAGUCUAUUGGGUUGCACCAUUGAACACAGAUGGGAGAUACUUGGAAUACUACAGAAUUUAUAGAUCCUUUGAUGAUUUGCUGCUGUUUAAACCCAUGUAUGAAAGUAGAAUAACAUAUGGGGAAGGAAGUGGUGCUGCCCUUUAUAAUAAUUAUUUGUACUAUCAUGCUUAUAGUUCAAGAAAUAUGGUGAAGCAUGAUUUAAAAACAAACAAAGCGGUUUUGAGGAAGGAACUUGCAGAUGCUGUUACUGGUAACCGUUUCUCUUAUGCAGGUGUAUCAUGGCAAGCCAUAGAUUUUGCUGUGGAUGAAAGUGGGUUAUGGGUAAUAUAUUCAACAGAAAAUAGCAUGGGCAACAUUGUGAUUAGCAGACUCAAUGACACCACACUUGAUGUGCUAAAUACUUGGCAGACAAGACAGUACAAGCCAUCUGUUUCCAAUGCUUUCAUGGUAUGUGGUGUUCUGUAUGCCACAAGGCCAAUGAGCACUAGGCAAGAGGAAAUCUUCUACAUGUAUGACACAAGUACUGGCCAAGAAGGUCGUAUUAGUGUCAUUAUGGAUAAAAAGUUAGAUACAAUCCAGAGUAUUGAUUAUAGCCCCACAGAUCAGAGACUGUAUGUUUACAAUGAUGGUUACCUUCUAACAUAUGAUGUGACCUUUCAGCCUUAAUGUCUCAGUGACAUAACCAUCCAAUAAAACUGGUAGCAACUAAAAUGAGAGAUCUGAUUCACCUUUAAAUAAUGUUAUUGCCAGUUUAAAGUUCAUCUAGUCUAGUGUACUAUAGCUGUGAUUGUUAUAUACAUUACUUAUAGUCUUUAAAAUAAUUGACCCCUCUGGUUAGUAGUAUUGCUGGUAGAAGU